UGCAUACUGAAACGCAUGCAAUGCGCAGAGUAUCCACAAGUAUCGUGGCCAGCGUUUGCUGCGUUAGCCAUUUAGUAGUACAUGGCACUAGCAUAGAAUGUGAAAUUUCUCUAAAUAUUUUUACAAAUUUGUUUCUUAAAUUUUGCUGUAAAAGUUACACGGAGAAACCUAACAGACCUUACGAGUUUAUUAAAUUUUUGGCGGAACUCUUCGAUUUUUCGUCAUAUCCUAUUCCUUAUUGUAUUAGUCUACCAUCGUGUGUACAGAAAUUAGGGCGUUGAAGAGGUUCGUUUCGUUCAAUUGGAAUUUACAAAAGUUUAAAAAGAGAAUACAUGAUAAGAUAGACAGUAUACAUAACGAUGAAUUCUAGAAAGUCCAAUGAAUAAGUUACUUAUUUCUACACGAUUAUCAUAUGAUUAAAUUGUUAAUUACGCUAUAAAUAUUGUAUUUUUGAUUCGUUGUUUCUGGUUAUAUUUUGUUUUCUGUAUUCUCCUUUUUUAACCUUCGAACACAGUUUAGCAACAUGCUAGUGCUUUACAGGCAUUAAACCUAUACUUCUAAAAUUUUCUUAAAUAAUAAUAUGAAAUAACAUCAAACAUGACUAGCUCAGAAAUAAUUCGACACACCUCUAAUUAUUCCUUGGAGAUUAUACGAGUAUUCAUGAAUAUUUUAUAAACAUAGUGAUUUGUAAUCUAAAGUUAUAGUAAUGGUAUUGACCAAUAAUUUUAAUGUAACUAAUGAAAACCAGGUUUUGUAUGGACCUAACACUGAAAGAAUAAAAAAUGUCUAGAAAGCGUGCUAGAGAAGAAACUAUGUUGAAUUCUACAACUUAUUUAAAUAUUCAAAAUGGAGAGGAUGCAUCUUGCUCCAAGAAAGAUUCGCCUGUUUAUCCUCUAGUGACAAUGACUUGGGGGACCAACAGGAAUUCAAAUAAUGAGUCAGGUCAAUUUUCGCUGAAAAAGUAUAAUAGCGAAAUUUCUGUUUCCCACAAAGAACUUCCAUCAAUUUGUAAGGAGGCUCCCUUUAGUGAUGAUCCAGAAGCACUUGCCGAAAGAAAUGCAUGUGAUUAUAAUAUUCGUAUUACAUUGAAAAUGGCAAGAAGUAGUAAAGCCCCUAGGAAAAUCAGAGUCUAUGCAGAUGGUAUUUAUGACCUAUUUCAUCAAGGGCAUGCACGACAACUUUUACAAGCAAAAAAUAUUUUCCCUAAUGUGUAUCUUAUUGUGGGAGUUUGUAAUGAUCAGUUAACACAUAGUAAAAAGGGAAGGACAGUUAUGACAGAUGUUGAGAGAUAUGAUGCAGUAAGACAUUGUCGUUAUGUAGAUGAGGUGGUUAGGGAUGCACCUUGGGAACUGGAUGAUGAAUUUCUUACAAAACAUAAAGUAAAAUUAACUAUUGACUUUGUUGCUCAUGAUGAUAUACCUUAUAUGACAGAUGAUAGUACAGAUGUUUAUGCAGGCCUGAAAGCUAAAGGUAUGUUUGUGGCUACGCAAAGAACAGAAGGAGUAUCAACGUCAGAUAUUGUUGCAAGAAUAGUUAAAGAUUAUGACAUUUAUGUAAGAAGAAAUCUUGCGCGAGGCUACAGUGCCAAAGAACUUAAUGUUUCUUUUCUCAAUGAAAAGAAAUUCCGCUUACAAAAUAAGUUUGAUGAUUUAAAAGAUAAAGGUAAACGGGUGAUGGAGAAUAUUGGCGAAAAACGUAUGGAUAUGAUUAGCAAAUGGGAAGAAAAGUCUCGAGACUUUAUUGAUGCUUUUCUACUCUUGUUUGGAAGAGAAGGUAGAUUGUCAACGAUUUGGAAUGAAAGCAAAGGACGUUUGAUGCAAGCAUUAUCUCCUCCUGCAAGCCCAAAAAGAGAUGGUAGUCCGAAUGGCAGUAAUAGCAGCAAUAAUGAUGAAGAUCAGACAAGUCCACCACCAAAAAAGACUGGCCGUUUUGAAUAUUCACAGAGUAACUAUUAUUUAAGCGAUGAUUACAGCGAUGAUGAAGAAGAAAAUUUGCAAUCCAAAUGAUAAUCCUUUUUUUCAAAAACACAUUCUUUAUUUUGACCAAAAAUAUCGUGCAAUGUCCCAAAAAAUGUUUAAGAAUAUUUUAUUGCGUCUAUGUGAUUUGAAGAUAUGGAUUAUAAUAUUAUGCUUAAUAGUAUUUUUAUGGUAUGAUUUCAUACUAUAUACGAUAUAAAAUUAUCUGUUAUAAUGUUUUCAUUCAAUCCAGCCAUGGAUUAUUAUAUAUUAAUUAAAUUAUAUAUAUGCACGAAUAUUGAGAAAUCAUACAGAUAACUUAAAACAUUCGUUGCAACUAUUCUUGAGAGUUUCGUUAUUGUUGUAUUAUUAGUAAGUUCCUAUAUUCUGAACGAUACUUCAUCAUUCAUUUUGAGUUUCAUGCUAUAUAAGAACUACUAACAGUCAAAAGACAUAUUUUCACCUCGUGCAAAAAAAUAUGUGGUUCAAAUAUUCUGUCAACAAUUUUUAAUAAUUUUCAAUUCUUUUGUUACUAAUUUUAUAUAACAUUUUUUAUACAUGUUACCUCAUAAUUAAUUACUUAUGUACUAUACAUUUGCAGUGAGUACCUUCGCUGUAAUUAGUAUUAAAUCAUAUUUUUAUUGAA